AUGGAGUCCAAUUCUAAGUAUCCGGAGGGUAGAGAGCUAACAUAUGUUCAGUUUCCAGGAUCAUUUGUUUAUGAUCCGAGUAGCAGAUCAUGGCAUCCGAGGAAACAGGGUUUGACUAUUGGGCGAAUAAAUUUUGUGCCCCCUGGUUCAGGUGAAUUAUAUUACUUGAGGUUGUUGUUGAAUGUGCAAAGAGGUUGUACAAGCUUUGAAGAUUUGAGAUCAGUUAAGAGUAAUGUACAUGACAGUUUCCGUGAUGCAUGUGUCUCAUUGGGGUUGUUGAAGGAUGAUGGUGAGUAUAUUAAUGGUAUAUUGGAUGUGGGAACCAUAUCUUCGGGAUUAUAUUGUAGAGGCUUAUUUGUUUCAUUCCUAUUAGCAAAUUCCAUGUCUAAUCCCCUCAAGGUAUGGAAGGAAACUUGGCAUGUACUGGUUGAUGGAAUCCUUUAUGAUUUACGAAAGAAACAUAAUAAUAAAGAAUUGAAUAUUGAUGAGGAAGAAUUGAAGGGUUUGUGCUUAAUGGAGAUAGAGAAAGUGUUGAUGGUAAAUGGAAGAUCAUUGAAAGAUUACUCUAACAUGCCACAAGUUGAUCCUAAUAUUCUGAACCAGUAUGGUAAUGUUCUAUUAUUCAAUGAGCUUAACUUUGAUAUUAUUGAGAUGAAGAAAUUGCACCUUGAUUUUUUCAAUAAGAUGAAUAGUGGGCAAGCUAAGGUAUACGAUGAGAUUAUUUCUGCGGUGAAUAAGGAUAAUGGCGGUUUUUUCUUUGUUAAUGGUCAUGGUGGAACUGGCAAAACAUUUUUAUGGAAAACAUUGACUUACAGGCUUAGAUCAGAGAAAAAAGUUAUAUUGAAUGUUGCUUCAAGUGGCAUAGCUUCUUUGUUACUACCUGGUGGUCGAACCGCACAUUCACUUUUUUGCAUUCCGCUUAAUGUUAAUGAAGAUUCAUGUUGUGGGAUUGUUCAAGGUAGUCCAAAAGCUGAGUUACUUCAGUUAACCAGUUUGAUUAUUUGGGAUGAAGCACCAAUGGUUAGUAGAUAUGCGUUUGAAGCAUUGGACAAGUCAUUGAGAGAUAUCAUGAGAGUCAUUGAUCCUGUAAACUUUGAUCUACCAUUUGGGGGCAAAGUUGUUGUCCUAGGUGGCGAUUUUAGACAAAUUUUACCAGUUAUUCCCAAGGGUAGUAGAGCUGAGGUUGUUAUGGCUACCAUCAAUUCAUCCCGCUUGUGGAGAUUCUGCAAGGUUCUCACAUUAACGGAAAACAUGCGUUUGCUUGGUAACUUGAACAAUCUUGAGGUUGAAGAGGUUAAGUAUUUUGCCAAAUGGGUUCUUGAUGUUGGAGAUGGUAAUUUAGGAGACUAUAAUGAUGGUGAAUCUUUUAUAAAAGUGCCUGAGGAAACAUUUAUCCAACAGUCAUCCAAUCCUGUGUUUGAUAUUGUACAAACUAUGUUUCCCAAUAUUCUUCAGAAGAUUGGAUGUGCUGAGUAUUAUCAAGACAAGGCUAUACUUGCUCCUACAUUGGAUGCAGUUGAUAUGGUUAAUAAAUAUGUGUUGUCACUAUUUCCUGGUGAGGGGACGACCUAUUUAAGCUCUGAUUCAGUAUGGGGUAUCGAUGAAGAGCUUGGCAUUGAAGCUGAUUGGUUGACAACUGAAUUUCUUAAUGAUAUCAAGUGUUCUGGUAUUCCAGAUCAUGAGUUGGUGUUGAAGAUAGGAACUCCUGUGAUGCUCAUGCGAAAUCUAGAUAUAUCUAUUGGAUUAUGCAAUGGAACUAGGCUUAUUGUUAACCAUCUUCGUCCAAAUGUUGUUGGAGGUAUUGUCAUCUCUGGCACACAUGCUGGUAGGCAAACUUUCAUUGGUAGGAUGAACAUGAUUCCAAGUGAUCAGAGUAUGCCCAUUAGGUUUCAAAGAAGACAAUUUCCUCUUCUUGUCUCAUUUGCCAUGACUAUUAAUAAGAGCCAAGGUCAAACACUAUCAGAUGUUGGUGUUUAUUUGCCAAGUCCUGUUUUUUCACAUGGGCAGUUGUAUGUUGCUGUUUCUCGUGUGAAGACGAGAUCUGGUUUGAAGAUCCUAAUAUGCAACGAGGAUGUUAGGGAACGAGAUGUAACAAAAAACAUUGUUUAUAAGGAGUUUUUUCAAAAAAUCUACAAUUGA